UGCGCUCAUCGCUGCUCCAGUUCAGCUCCGUGGCAAUUAUUGACUUCAUUUCAAAAGAGUCCAGGUGGUGUCCUGAAAUUCAGCCAAAACAACCCUCCUCCAUCUUGGUUGGACUAUACCUCAGGCUUUUUUUUUUUGGAGUUAACCUGGACGACUGCUUUUUAUUAUGUUCAAGGAUCCCUCUCGUGGAGCCUUUUCUCACUUUUUUAAAUGAUGGAAGAAUCAAGCAUGGGGACAAUUAUGGAAUAUGAGGAAUGGACAAAGAGUUUUCCAAAGAUUACGGCUAACUCACGCGUCAUAACAAAGCUUCUGAUGGUUGAGGUAUUCAAUCCAGAGCUCAAGUCAAGCUGUUUCCUGGUCUGAGACGAACGUCUGAGCUCAGCUCAUGUCGCCAUCAUGGUGACCUUUUCCGAGACGACGGAGAUGUCUCCGAUGGAGCUGCAUGAACCAACCUGCCUGCCAGUGACGUUGUCGCCGGGACUUCGACGUAAAAAAAUGCUGUGGCAAAACGCUGUGAAACACAUUAUCAUCCAGCAGGAGUUAAACGCCCAGGUCGGUGUGGAGCCCGCCAGCAAAAUCUUUGUGACUGACGCGUACAUGCAGGAGAUCAACCGACAGAUCAGAAGCAAGGCCUCAAGAGGAGUGACAAAACGGCGUUCCUCCUCAUUUCGAAUCCAUCCAUCUCACAGUCGUGGUUCCACCAGCACACGCAACAGUGUUGGGGGUUAUUUUGCUGACUAUGCCAGCGACGCUGACUUCUUCGUGCAGUGGGGCCGCACCAUACGAGGCAUUCACAUCCCGACUCUAAGACACACCUUUAAAUCCAAAGACCUGGAGAGACUCUACCAGCAGUACUCCUCGCACCAAAGGCGUAACUCCUUAGCCGUCACCAAUGUGAUCGACGCGGUGGCCAAGCUGCACAUCCUGGUUCUGUACCUGGCCUUGGCUCCUGAGGAGGUCACGGAUACCUACCGCUGCUCGAUGACUGGGAUUUUCAUGGUUCUAGCCGUUGCUCUGUGCAUCAUUGUACUAACCUGUAAGGACUUAAUGUCGCCAAGGUGGCUUCGUUAUGCUGGCAUGGUAAGCUGGAUGUCCCAGACAGUGCAGGUGCUGGGUAGAUUGGUGUACGGACUGGAAAUAGACCCAUCCUGGUACGUCCUCUUCACACUGUUUGCCACUUACACUUUGUUGCCGUUACCUCUGCUGUGGGCCAUGUUUGCUGGAUCGUUCACCACACUGUUGCACCUGCUGGUGGAAGUCACCUACUACUACAACGAUGCUGUUUUUACAAGAAAGGUGGUUGCCAAAAGUCUGCUCUAUCUGGGUAUGAACACAGCUGGAUUUUUCAUUCACUACCUGACCGAUCACGCUCAGAGGCAGGUGUUCCUGGAAACAAGGCGCUGCAUUGAAGGGCGCCUCAAACUAGAACAAGAGAACCAGCGACAGGAGCGUCUGGUUCUCUCAAUCCUGCCACGAUUUGUUGCCUUGGAGAUGAUUGCAGACAUGAGCUCAAUGGAAGAUGAACUCAAUCCGCAAGAAUUCCACAAGAUUUAUAUUCAUCAGUACAAAAAUGUCAGCAUCCUGUUUGCAGACAUCAAGGGCUUCACGCUCUUGUCCAUGAACUUAUCUGCUCAAGAAUUGGUCCGAACCCUUAAUGAGCUUUUUGGCCGCUUCGACCACCUGGCAGAGGAACAUCAAUGCCUGCGGAUUAAAAUUUUAGGAGACUGCUACUAUUGUGUUUCUGGAGUCCCUGAGCCUCAGCGCGCCCAUGCUCGCCAUUGUGUGGAGAUGGGGUUAGCGAUGAUCAACACCAUCAGAGCUGUGAGGAAGCAGCUGAACUUUGACAUGGACAUGAGGAUCGGCAUCCACUCCGGUUCCGUGCUCUGUGGUGUGCUGGGCUUGCAGAAGUGGCAGUUUGAUGUCUGGUCAUGGGACGUGGGUAUUGCUAACAUGCUGGAAGCCGGAGGGAUACCAGGGCGAAUUCACAUCUCAAAAGCUACUCUGAAUUGUCUCGGUGGCAUCUACAAGACUGAAGAGGGUCAUGGAGGGGACCGCAACGAGUUCCUCAGGCGGCACAACAUCGACACCUUCCUCAUCUGUCCUGAUGAGGAAAUCAACAAAGACGACCACCCUGAAGCUCCGAAGCACAAGAAAACCAGCCACAGCUGGAGUCCAGAAAUCCCCUUUGGAAAUGCUAUUGAUAUGAACAGUAUACUGGCCUCCUUUACAAAUGGCUCACUCCCAAACAUAUGGCAGUCUGCUUCCCGGGAAAUAAACAAACGAAUCAAACACGCUAUUGAGGUGAGAAGCAGCGAGCGGAUGCACCAGGAGCACAUCACUCCACUGACACUGGUGUUCAAGGACAGGCACAUCGAGGACAAGUUUUCCCAGAUGAGAGAUGAAAUGUUCAACUCCAACUUGUUCUGCUCCUUCAUCCUGCUCCUCUUCCUCAUGGCGGCCCAAGCGGUGAUCCCCGCGCCCAGGUUUUUCCCUGCAGUUUUCCAGUUUGCAGUCUUUCUCUUGGCCUACUUGUUGUUGCUGCUGCUGGCUCUGGCGGAGGAGUUCAAGUGGGCCCCUCUGGCCCUGCAGCAGUGCUGCUGCUGGAUUCACGAGAACAACAGCGCACGCACCAUGCUCACCCUCGCCGCCAUAAUCAUCAACUUUGCAUUGGCCUGCACGGACACGAUUUGGUGCAUAAUCUCAGACUUGAACAUGGAUGCUGGAAAAGCCACGGCGGAGUCAACAUCGAGGGCGCUGAGUGUCUGCUCCUACCCCGAGGUCUUCGUCCUGAGUGGUGUGAUCGCCAUGGUGACCUGUGCAGUGUUUCUCCGUCUGAACUCGCUGCUGAAGCUAGCGGUGUUGCUCCUGGCAGUACUGCUCUACACCUACCUCAUCCACCUGUCCUUCCUGUCUCUGACGCAAUACGAUAUGACGCAGAGGUCGCACUACAUCAGAAGGAAAGGAAUCACCAUCCUUCUCAUGGGAAUGUUUAUAGUUUCAGUCUUCUACAACGGACGACAGUGGGAGGCCACUGCCAGACUGGACUUCCUGUGGCGUUUGCAGGCUCAGCAGGAAGUGGAAGACAUGAGGGACCUACGAGAACAUAAUGAAUGUCUGCUGCAUAACAUUUUGCCGGUGCAUGUGGCUCGACACUUCCUGGAGCGCAGCAAGAAUGAUGAGGAGCUCUACUCUCAGUCCUACGAUGAAGUGGGUGUGAUGUUCGCAUCCAUUGCUGGGUUUGACGAAUACUUCGAGCAGAUGGAGAUCAACCACGAAGGUGUUGACUGUCUACGACUGCUCAAUGAGAUUAUCGCUGGAUUUGAUGAACUACUGGAGGAGUCAUAUUUCCACUAUGUGGAGAAGAUCAAGACCAUCGGGAGCUGUUACAUGGCUGCAUCUGGUUUAGCUCCGGACAAACAGUCAUCUAUGGAAGAGUGGAACCACCUGAGCGAGCUGGUUCUGUUCGCACUGGCGAUGCAAGAGACCUUGAGAGAGAUUAACAGGCAUUCAGCCAAGAACUUCCAGUUGCGUGUUGGCAUCGCUCACGGGCCUGUGGUGGCCGGGGUCAUCGGCGCCACCAAGCCACAGUACGACAUCUGGGGGUCGACGGUGAACUUGGCCAGUCGUAUGGACAGCACGGGUGUGAGUGGACGCAUUCAAGUGCCGGAGGCCACGCGGAGGAUCCUGGCGGAGUGGGGUUUUGUCUUAGAGCUGCGAGGAGAAAUUUUCAUCAAGGGGGUGAGCGAGAGUAAAGGGAAAGUGAGGACGUAUUUCAUCAGCACCAUCCGCAGUAAAAGGGCAAACAUUUCAUCCAACGAUGGACGUAUGGGAGGAAGGACAGGAGGACGGAUGACGCUGGCAGGAGUUGUUUUCGGUCUCGUCCAAGCAAGACAGAAGGAGAGAAUGAGAGAGAAUAACGGGGGGUUUGUUCUGACGCCGUGUUCCCUUCAGUGCUAAUACCAAGGAGGACUGAUCGUCACAGAGGAUACACUCAAGCCAUCCAUGACUCUGUCCUUCUCCUACCUACUUCUAUCUCAACAUCUGCCAUAUUAUUUUCUUAAGACUGUAUAGUCUUGUUUUGUUCUUUUUUUACUCAAGUAUUUUGCUGUACUCCAGCAAGACUUAGCCAAAACAGAAUACCUCAUCACAACCAGGUGAACCUCUGAUAGAUGUCCAAUGGCCUGUAUUGAUAACCAUUUUAUGUUUUAUAUGACUGUAUACUUCAUUCUGUCAAUGGUUUUCAACCCAUGACUUGAGCUGAUAUAGAGUUUUCCUCAACAUUUUUACAGAUACUUUGUGUUUACUGUUUCACUCACUUGCUAAAAUUAAGAAAACACCUGAGAAUUUAUUUAUGAAUUACUGAUUAAAAUUAACAUUGUAAGGUCAACAUGUUGAAGGAUAUUUUGAUGUAGGCAUUGUUAUAUUUGUCAACCUAAAACAGUUAGUCCUGACUAAUAAUGAGACAAAGAAAUUGACAUGAACGUGUGUUUAGAGAGACUAAAUAUGGCCAUUACUUAUGUGGUCUAUCUAUUAAUAUGAUUAAAAAGUAUUUCACGCUUUUAAUGAGAAUGAAGGUUAGAUUGCAAAGCAAGAAUUUGUAUAUCAGCAGCCAAAGUAGAUUGCCAGUAUUUUCCCAAUAAUUGAGGAAAAAUGUAUUCGUUUUAAUUUACUUGAGCAGUUUUACUAAACUAGGGGGCAGCUACUUGUUACUGUAUGAAACAGUAUUAUAUCAUAGUAAUUCAUUUUGAAUUUCCAUGCAACUGUUCAGUUGAAAUAAACUUGCCAAAAACAACCUUGAAGUGUGUCGUUAAAAAUAAAAAUAAACAUGUAUUACCUUUGUGUACACAUGUUAAUUAAUAAGGUAUACAUUUAAAUGUUGAAUAAUUCAC